UCUGGCCCAGUGCUGGCUUUGGUUCCUUCUUGCAUCGGAGUUGACUGGCAGUGCUGCUGUUGGCUCCCUUGUAGAUAGCAGAAACAAUCUUUUCCAAGCCUGCUUCGUGAACCGGAGACCAGCUGGGUCUCAGAAACCUUCCACACUUCCAGCUCCAGGUUGGGACUACUGACACACCGGCCUUGAGGCUACUCAUCUCCAGAAUCACCCCACAUCACCCCUUGCAUUCACUGGACCUGCUUCCUGUGUUGACCAUGCCCGGGUGGAGCUGCCUGGUGACAGGGGCAGGAGGGUUUCUGGGCCAGAGGGUCGUCCACUUGCUGGUGCAGGAGAAGGAUCUGGAAGAGGUCAGAGUCCUGGACAAGGUCUUCAGGCCGGAAACCAAGGAGGAAUUUUUCAACCUACAGACAAAGACCAAGGUGACCGUGCUGGAAGGAGACAUCCUGGAUGCCCAGUACUUGAGGAGAGCCUGCCAAGGCAUCUCCAUUGUCAUUCAUACUGCGGCCGUCAUUGAUGUCAUGGGUGACAUUCCCAGAGAGACCAUAGUGGAUGUUAAUCUGAAAGGUACCCAGAAGCUGUUGGAGGCCUGUGUCCAGGCAAGUGUGCCAGCCUUCAUCUACACCAGCUCGGUUGAGGUUGCAGGGCCCAACUCCUACAAGGAGAUUGUCAUGAACGGCAAUGAAGAGGAACAACGUGAAAACACAAGCUCUCAUCCAUACCCAUACAGCAAAAAGAUGGCUGAGAAGGCAGUGCUGGCAGCCAAUGGGCACACCCUGAAAGAUGGCGGCACAUUGCAUACUUGUGCCUUAAGGCCUAUGUACAUCUAUGGGGAGGGAAGCCGAUUCCUUUCUCAUAUAAUAAUUAAUGCCCUCAAGAAUAAUGCUAUUCUGAGCUCUACUGGCAAAUUCUCCACAGCCAACCCAGUGUAUGUGAGCAAUGGGGCCUGGGCACACGUUCUGGCUGCCAGGGGCCUACGAGACCCCAAGAAGUCACCAAACAUCCAAGGACAGUUCUACUAUAUUUCAGAUGACACUCCUCACCAAAGCUAUGAUGAUUUAAAUUACAACCUGAGCAAGAAAUGGGGCUUAUGCCCUGGUUCCAGUUGGAUCCCUCCCCUGCCCCUGCUGUACUGGCUUGCCUUCCUGCUGGAAGUGGUGAGCUUCCUGCUGCGUCCAAUCUACAAAUACCGGCCUCCCUUCACCCGCCACUUGAUCACAGUGUCAAAUACUGUGUUCACCUUCUCCUACAAGAAAGCUCAGCGAGAUCUGGGCUAUGAGCCUCUUGUCAGCUGGGAGGAGGCCAGGGAGAAAACUUCAGAGUGGAUUGGGUCACUAGUGCAGCAGCACAAGGGGACACUGAACACAAAGACUCAGUAACGAUGGCAGGGACAUGUCCCUGGGUGCCAUCAGAAAAUAUUUGUCAGGUCCUCCAGAAGGGACAGAGGCACAACCCAGGUCCUGCAGCCUCCCUUUCACACAGAGACCAACUCAGUCUCUUCCUCAUUCACCACAGCUUUGCCAAUCACUGCCCCAAUCACAGGCUUUCCUCAGCACCGGCCCAGAGCACACGGCUCCUAAUUCCAAACUAUUCAGACCCCAUGGAUCUGAGAGCUCUCGUUGCUUAACCUCCCCAUAACAUAUGUCUCAUUUUGAGAAAUUUCCCAUUGCUUUAUAAAAAUCAAGUAAACGAAUAAUAAAUAUUUGCUAAUACUUUAUCUGCAA